AUGGCGCCAGACUUGCCAAGGUAUGUGGUGUUACAAUCAAGGUACAAUGCCGAAUACUUGAGCUACGUCAAAGAAGAUGAGCAGAUCCAUGGCUUUCUCAAAUUCUCCGGAGAAGAGGUGGUGAGUACGUACGCAAAGUUCCAUGUGGAGAUGGCAAAGAGUAGCGGAGCUACUAAGGGACUGGUACACAUAAGAUGCUGCUACAACAAUAAAUACUGGGUCAGGAGGUUGCAAACCCAUAAUUGGAUCGUCGCCGGCGCUGACGAACCCCUGGAGGAUGAAUCCAAAUGCCCGCCCUACGAUUCCUGCUUAAUUGCAGCAAGUGGGGCGUCCAACAGCGACUUAUGCGAUGCGUGCUUGAUCGUUAAUUGGGACUCGCUGUUGGUAUUGCCCAAAUAUAUAGCCCUCAAGAGCAACAACGGGAGCUACCUCAGCGCACAGUGGAUCGAGCGGCACCCUUACUUGCAGUUCAAAUCCGAUGACAUUGGAGAUCCCACGGUGGGGAAUGAGGUCUUCCACGCUGGGGAUGGAAGCGUUCGCAUAAAAUCCAAUCACCAUGGAAAAUUCUGGAGGCGAAGCCCUAACUGGAUAUGGCCAGACUCAGAGCUUCAUGAUAAUGAGAACAACAAGGACUUGUUGUUUUGGCCUGUCAAGCUUGACGGUAAGUUCUUGGCUCUCCGCCGCAACUUGGGUAACAACUUUUUUCUGCAAGAGUCUCAGAGGGGGGGGGGGGAAUAUAACUGUCUCAACGCUGCCGUCCCCACCAUUACCCAAGCUGCACGCUUGGAACUGGAAGAAGUGGUUGUGUCGAGAAGCUUCUACAAUGUCAACUUUCACGUCUUGGAUGCGAGGGUGUAUAACCAAAGAGUCGUCACCAUGGCCACCGGAGAUGCCAUUAACCGAGCAAAGGAACAAAACACCGUAGACAUGAAGCUCUCGUACAAGGAGAUUAGGAGCAGUACUUGGAACACAAGCGUGUCAUUCAAGUCAGGCAUCAAGACCACAAUGGAAACCGGGGUUCCUUUAAUUGCACAUGGACAAAUCGAAGUGUCGGCCAAGCUGAGGUGGAGACUCUGUGCGUGGUCAUUGUGCCACCAAUGA